AUGACUCCAGUUGUCAAGGUGGGAGACUCUCAGACUGCUGUCUUGGAAAUAAGAAGACAGCUCGUUCAAAUCGAUCCAACUGCGGUUCAAAGUUUUCUGUCGGUUUUAUCUGUUAUUCUCUAUAUCUAUCUAUCUAUCUAUCUAUCUAUCUAUCUGUUUCUAUUUCUGUCUUUUCUCAUUCUAUCUCUUUCUUAUAUUUCCAUCUAUAUAUCUAUUUUCAGUUUAUCUGUUCUCAUUAUAUCUAUCUAUUUAUCUAUACAUAUAUCUGUUCUCUUUCAAGUAUCUAUAUCUAUCUCAAUCUGUUCAUUACGUAUCUAUCUAUCUAUCUAUCUCGCUGUUCAUAUCUAUCUAUCUAUCUAUCUAUCUAUCUAUCUCUCUGUCUAUGUAUCUCACUGUUCAUAUCUAUCUAUCUAUCUAUCUAUCUAUCUAUCUCACUGUUCAUAUCUAUCUAUCUCACUGUUCGUAUCUAUGUAUCUAUCUAUCUGUUCAUAUCUAUCUAUCUAUCUCACUGUUCAUAUCUAUCUAUCUAUCUAUCUGUCUAUGUAUCUCACUGUUCAUAUCUAUCUAUCUCACUGUUCAUAUCUAUCUAUCUAUCUCACUGUUCAUAUCUAUCUAUCUCACUGUUCGUAUCUAUGUAUCUAUCUCACUGUUCAUAUCUAUCUAUCUAUCUCACUGUUCAUAUCUAUCUAUCUAUCUAUCUAUCUAUCUAUCUAUCUAUCUAUCUAUUCAUAUCUAUCUAUCUAUCUAUCUAUCUAUCUAUCUAUCUCACUGUUCAUAUCUAUCUCACUGUUCGUAUCUAUGUAUCUAUCUCACUGUUCAUAUCUAUCUAUCUAUCUAUCUAUCUCACUGUUCAUAUCUAUCUAUCUAUCUAUCUAUCUAUCUAUCUAUCUGUCUAUGUAUCUCACUGUUCAUAUCUAUCUAUCUAUCUAUCUAUCUAUCUAUCUAUCUAUCUAUCUCACUGUUCAUAUCUAUCUAUCUCACUGUUCGUAUCUAUGUAUCUAUCUCACUGUUCAUAUCUAUCUAUCUAUCUAUCUAUCUAUCUAUCUAUCUAUCUCACUGUUCAUAUCUAUCUAUCUAUCUAUCUAUCUAUCUAUCUAUCUAUCUAUCUAUCUCCUGUCAUUCUAUCUAGCUAUCUAUAACACAUUAUCUAUCUAUCUAUCUAUCUAUCUAUCUAUCUAUCUAUCUAUCUAUCUCAGUCUGUUCAUUAUCUAUAUAUCUAUGCAUUUAUGUAUUGGAUGUAUGUAG